CUACCGCGUGAAAUGUGAAUGUUAGAAAUGAAUCUUGCAGAAAAAAUAAAAGCCCGUAAAUCUUGCCUGAAUUCCUGUGAAACCACGGUUACAACUGUAUCAGGGCACAGUUACAAGGAGAAGAUUCUAGCAGAUGGAACUGUCAUCACGUCACAGCCACAAGCUGGCACUUCUCCUGGUUAUGUUGUCGACAUGAAGCCAGACUUUCAGGUGGCCCUGGUGCUGCCUGGACUGUGCAUGGGCUCACAGGAUGUUACACAAAAUAAUGACAUACUUAAAAAAUAUUCUAUUACUCACAUCUUGAGCUUAGGCAUCAAGCCCAUCAUACUGGAUGAAACACUCUCUCACAUGUAUAUUCCAAUUCUUGAUCUUCCUGAAACUAACAUUAUGAGCAGCAUAGAUCAGUGUUUCACUUUUAUAGAUAAUGCAAUACAGACUGGAGAAUGUGUUUUUGUACAUUGCAAUGCAGGCAUUUCAAGGUCAGCAGCUGUGGUAAUAGCAUAUCUCAUGAGAAAAAAAUGCAUGAGCUAUCAGGAGGCAUUUCUCCACUUGAAGACAAGAAGAAGUGUAAUUAAUCCAAAUCCUGGAUUUGUCAAACAACUGAAAGACUAUGAGAAAAUUAUAAAGACUCUGGAUAGUGAGUAGCAACAUUUUGUUACUGCAGGCAGAACUUCAUUUAUGAGAGUUGAGGUUCUCACAUCAGUGAAUAUCAAGUCUUAGGGAUGUGACACCAUAUACAAGGUGGAGCAGAAGAAACACAUGUUCUUCACAUAAGAAUAACUUUGUUGAUUUUCAAGAUAAAACCUUUUUAAUUGCAUAAAAAAGAGGUAUUUCAAUACAUUUUUAACUUAUACUAUGUACGGAAAAUAAUUUCAGUUAGAUGACAUCCUUUUUGCUGGACACACAUUUGGAGCCUUUCCUCAAAAUUCUGCAUCGCAUUCUCCAAUAUGUCUUCUGGCACAGCUGCGAUUUCUUGACGAAGGGAAAGUUUCAGCUCGUGGGUUGUUCAUGGUCUGUUCGUGUACACUCUUGCCUUGAGGUGUCCCCACAAAAGUCACAAACCGAUAGCUCAGGGGCCAAGAAACAUCACCGAAACGGGAGAUCACACGUCGAACAACUUCCAUCGAUGCUCCUGCAUCCAGAACUCCUAAGGCAGUGGGUAAACAUGAGACAAAUGUGGUUCCAACAGGAUGGUGCCACAACUCACACGGCGAGACCUUCGAUGGAAGAUGUUUGAUGCAUGUUUCCCCAAACAUGUGAUCUCCUAUUUCUUGGCUCCCACGCUCCCCUGAUCUAUCAGUUUGUGACCGUUUUGUGGGGAUACCUCAAGGCAAGAGUGUACACGAAUGACCCAAGAGCUGAAACUCUCCAUUCAUCAAGAAAUCGCAGCUGUGCUGGAAGACAUGUUGGAGAAUGUGAUGCAGAAUUUUGAGGAGAGGCUCCAAAUUUGUGACGUCAUCUGACUGACAUUAUUUUCUGUAUGUAAUUUAAGUUAAAAAUGCAUUAAAAUACCUUUUUUUGUGUAAUUAGAAAGGUUUUAUCUGAAAAUCAACAAAGUUAUUCUUAUGUAAAGAACAUGCAUUUAUAUUCCCUACAGAAUGGACAAACUGCAACUGAGUUACAAUUUAUAUUCCCUAUAGAACAGACAAAUACAAGUACACUGUAAGAUGAGGCACUGGCUAAACAAUUAACUUCAGUACUAUACUACAUCCAUACCACGGGCCUCCAAAGCAGUUUAUUACAUGUACAUAAAAUCUAGAAUAUAUCAUUAUAUCCGCGGGAAUAUAACAUAAUUGCAACAACCAACAACUGACUUGAUGAUGUAAAACAUAACAUGAAGAGUCUUAACUUUGUUUCACCCCAUAACUUCCGUUUUUUAUAUAGUCUAGUUGAUUGUACUUUUAUGCCAAGCAUUUUAUAAUGUAAUAAUUAUCAUGUAUCCAGUUUUACCAGUACUACAGUUCAGUGGAGUGUUUGCCUGAUGAUGGCUUUAAUAGCCGAAACAUGUAGCUGAGCCAGUCUUGGCCUUGACCUUGAUAUUGUUGUGUUGUGACAGAUUUUAAUAAAGAAAUUGUAUAUUAUAACACAACAGGGUGCAAGAAAUGAAAAAGAAAACAAAAAUGUGCGUAUUGUUCAUGUCACAGCCUAAAAUACAGUGAGCUACUACACUGUAUUUUCAUUUACUUUAAAUGCUUUGCUUCCAUCCACAUCAUGGGAUUAAAAAAGAACUAUUUUCUCCUUUCAGACUGGUCCCUUAUGUCCUUAUUCUAUCAUGUGAAGCCUUUAUACUGUUGUUAUGUUUCAUUUGAGUACCAUCUUCCUGUCACCAUCUGUUCAAUUAUUUUAUUAAUCUGUAUUGCAUUUCUUAUCCCCUCCACACUAUAAAACUGCCAUCUAUUCUCCUUCCAUUGUGAUGAAACAUCUCGACCGUUUUUGCAUUACAAAUCCCAUUUUCAGAGUUACAUCAUUCCACCAAACUAAUCACAGCACACAAAAGGAAAGUACAAUAUAAAUAUGGACCUGUACAAUAAUUGUGCUAUCUUACAUCUCGGGUACAGUGAAACUUCAUUGCAGUAUUUCCUGCAUAUAAUGUUUCAGUUCAUGUUCCGUGUGAAUAAUUCUUAAUAUCUAGAUCCCAUUUAACUUUUCUCCCAAUUUUAAAGGCAUGAUGGUUCUGUUGUGGUGUAAUGUUCAUUUAGCAAGUUUUCCUUAAGACACAUGAAGAUGUAUUCAUUAUUUCUUUCAGAUUUUAACCAAAACUGGGAUGUAAAUAAAAAAUAAAGUUAAAAAGAAUAUAAAAAUGCAGAAUCUAAAUAACAACUCAAGAAAAAUAAUACAAAAUAAUAAUCUUACUGACAGAUUUUUUUAAAAACCCAUUCAGCAUUUCUCUAAUACUUUUAUGCAUACUUAAUAGAUACUCUACGGGCCUGUGAAUGCACCCAAGAAGAGUGCUUUCUGUACAAGAAUGGUGGGAUUCAGGCAUGUAUACAUGCUGUCAAGUAACUUUCAGCCCUUUAUUACAAAAUGUAGUUCCUUACACAUUAAUCAAAAUUCUCUUUCUAAUGCAAAUCAUUCUAAAGUUUCAUUGUACAGAAAUAUGCUUGGCACUGGAAUGUAUUCAGCAGUUGUUAUAUUCAACAAAAAUACAAUUUACAGUCUUUGAUGAACAUAAUUCUGUUCACUUAAUUACAAUAAUAUGUAAAAAGGCAACUUUUCAAUUUCCUACCUGAUUUGAAUUUUGCACUGAACUAUAGUAUUUUUGUCACUGUUGGUAACUACAUACAUACAAUCACAUGUGAUGGCAAUAUAAAAUGAGCUCUAUGAUAGAGAAAUCAGUAAAAAUGUAAACAAACCACCCAUCGGAAUGGUAUAUCCAGGUUUAAUCUGAAAAACCUGGCAAAGCAAUAAACAUAAAAGAGGAAGUAUCUGACAGAAAACUGCUUGGAAUUGGAUGCUGACUACUGUUUGUGCUAAAAUCUUAUCAAUGUCAACAGUUCCUUGCUGUGCUAAGUGUUCACCCUUUUCUCAAAUACCAAAUUUUAUAUCAAUUUAAUAUAAUGUAAAUUACUUAGGAACUUAAUCACUGAUAGAAAGCUACUGCAGGACACAGUAUACUGAGGGAUUUAAAUGCCCUUGCUGAUGGGUUGAAAGUCCAUAAAUAUACACAAAACAUACAAAAAAAGAUACUGAUAGUUUUGUUCAAAUGUGCCCCAUCUCUCCUAUCUAGUAUUCUGAUCCAUCAAAUAGCAUCAUUGUAUGACUUUUAGGCUUUUGUAAUUUUUUUCACAGUAAAGUUCAUUUUACUGUCCUACCCAGAUAGGUAUGAGGGUAAUGUCCCUACGCUUAAUUACGCACCACACUAUGAAGAUAUCAACCGAGCACUAGAUGGAGGUGAGUGGUCUCUUCAUGUCCCAGCCAUUUUAAUCCCAGGGGAAAAGCCCUUUAUACGCACUGGAAGAAGGUUGGGUGGGCCUCAGAGCCAGUCUAGAUGAUAUGAAGAAGAUAAAAACAUUAUUCUCAUGGUGUAUAUAUCAUAUUUCACACAAUUAAAAUUUGUAAUCUAUGUUACCAUUUUACUACCGCAUGUGAACCAUUAUGUUUUCAAUUUAAAAAUAAUCAUAUAACAAAGACAAAACUCUGUCCAGUGUAACUAUUGAAGUUUUUACUACUUGAA